AUGGCAGUUGUUUAGUAUUCAGUAUCUUGGGGCAUACUAACUUUACCAUCAAAUAAUCCAUUUACGAUUAAAUCAAUAAGAAAUGAGUUGGAUUCCGAUAUUAUUUGUGCUGGGUUUGGAGUUUGGAGUAAAUAUGUGCCACUAAGUAACGUUGUAUAAAUUGGAGAGAUUGGAAUACUUGAUAGUAGUUGUUUUCAUUUGUUUCGAAUUUAGGAUUAGAUAAAUAAUUAAUUGUAUUUUUUAUCAUAUGAAUGUCUGGAUUUUGAGAAAAAAACAAUAAAGAAAUAUUUUUUGUUUUUAGGUAGUGAUGGCAGUGAUUUUACAGAGGAAAUUUAAAUCAAUGAAGAAUAAUAUGAAUAUGUCUGGUAUUUUCAAGGAUUCAUCACAAUUCCUUCAUAAAAAUAAGUCAUUCUAUAUGUUUAUCAAUAAAGAGCUUAGAUUUUUUCAAAAUAAAUCUAAAUUGAAUUUCUUAAUUAAGGAAUAAAUUCUAAUUUAAUAAUAGGAGGUGAUUACAAAGUAUUCUUAAAUAAAUAAAUUAGAUUAUAAGUCUGAAUUCACCACUUUAUAGAGGAGAAAAUACUUUACUUUCUUACUUUCCAGGAAAUUCUUAUUAUCUUUUUGAUUUUUUCUUUACUGAACCUAACUAUUUCUUAUAGAUAAUUGAAUCAAGUAAAGAGAAUAAAUGUAUGUGUUAAAAAAGUGCUAUAACAAAUAUAGGCGAUAUAAUAAUAUAAAAAUAAGAUUAAUAUUAAUUUGUUUCUUAAUAAACGAAUUGCUAAUAGUUUUUAUUAUCUAGUUGGAUAAAAAUUAAAGAAAUUUAUUCACAAUAAGAUGAAUUUGAUUUUUAACUGUUUAAAUUAUCAGGAAACUUUUAAAAUCCAUAUAUGAUUUAAGAAAAUCUAUGUGCAUUUCAAUUAUUUUAUAAGUUCUCAUCCUUAGGAAAUUAAAUCAUUUUUAAAACUUAUAGUUAUACAUUCCCUAAUUUAAAUAUAGAUUUUUCAAAUAAUCCCUUUUUGAAGACUGAAAUAUUUGAUAUAGAUUGUGAUAUUUAAUUAUGGCAUUAUAUCUUAGUGGAAAAAACUGAUACUUCAAUUUCAAUUUCAAUAACAUUUUACUAAGGUUAUGAUCAAAUGAAAUUAAAUAAAAAUUUAGAGGUUAAACAAUUUAAUAUGGUUUAAUUUAAAUUACUUUAUGGAAAUAUUUUAUAAUCUAAAUUAAACUAUUUAGAAAUCGAGAUUAUAGAUUUAUAGUUAAUAAACUGUCCAGAAAACGAUUAAUCAUAGAUAAACUGCCAUCCUACUUGUAAGGAGUGCGAUGGUCCAACAAAAGAGGAUUGUCUAUCAUGUUUUGAAUUAUCAAAUAGAAUAUAUUUACCAUAUUUUAAAGAAUGUAUAUGUGAAUAUGGAACACUUGAUUAGAACAAUUAAUGUAUUAAUUAUUAAACUUUAAAUUUUAAUUUAAUUUUGGAAAAACCAUUGAGAAAAGAAUGUCAAUAUGGUUAUUUUGAAUUGAAUGAUGAUUGCUUUUAAUGGUAUUAAUAUAUUAUAUUAAAGCCCUUCAAUAAUAAAAAAUGAUGUCAUAACCUGUUUGGAAUGUGUUUUGAAUCCGAAAAAAUGGAAUCAAACCUUUUUUUGUGAAACAAUAUUACUCUCAAAUAAAAAUGGUAAAAUUUCAAAAUAUUUGACAAAAUAAAAUUUAUAAUAUAUUUUAGUAGGAAACGAUUUAUAAUAUUGUCCUGAUUGCAAUUAUCAAAAUCCAACAUUUGAUUAAAUCGAUAAAGUUGAAUCGAUAUUUUAAUUUAAAAAAUUUUGUUAAUCACUAGAGUAUGAUUGUUAUGCAUGCCCAGAAGGAUGUUUUAAUUGCUAACUUUAAGAAAUAAAUUUAUAUUGUUCAAAUUAACAGCCAAUUUUUAACACACCCUAAUUUUUUUUUUAUGAUUACACUUGUAAACCUCCUAAUUUUAUAGAUUUUUAUAAAAAAUGUUUUACUUGUCAAAUACAAAAUUGUUUAUAUUGUUUUAAUUAUUUGGCAAAUGAUCCUACAAAAACUACUUUAGGAUUUUAUAAAGAAAACUCUUUAGCUGAUGAGGAGAUAAAAGUAGGUUGUGCAUAAUGUACUGAAGGACUCAUUUUUGAUUUUACAAAAGGAUAAUGCAUUUAGAAGAAACCAACUUAAGAAAAUUGUUUAAGAUCCUUUAUUAAUUUGGAUGAUAAAGAAAUUUGCACAUUAUCUGCUAUCGACGAUUUUAGUGUUGCUUUAGAAAUGAUAAAUUGCCAAAUUCAUAUUUUUAAUUGUUUACAAUGCAUAUAAACUCUAUAAUAAACUUUAAAAUGUUUAAUCUGUGAAGAUGGUUAUUUAGUAUCAUCAAGAACAGGAAUUUGUAUAAAUUGUCUUAUUGAAACAGCAAAAUAAUGUUUUGAAGAGAAUUCUUUAGAACCUUGGAAAUGGGUAGUUCAAGGUUUUAUAGUUCAAUUCUUACCUAAUAGACCUAUUUUUAAUGGUUAUUUAUAUAGGCCAACAACCUUAGUAACUUAAUGCAUAGAGGGAUAUGAAGAAUUAUUGAAUUCAUGCUAAAAAUAUUGUGAUGAAACAUGUUCUAUUUGUGAACCUGAUUAUUUUUAAAAAGAAUUUUAUUGUUCAAAAUGCAAAAUGAAUUAUUUUAAAGACCCUUAAAGAGUGCAAAUCAACGGUAAAUGUAUUCAGUGUCCUUCUUUAUGCCAAGUUUGUUAAGAGAGGCCAGAAGAAGAAAUAAAUGUAUUAUAUUAUAAGUAAAAUAGACAAUAAAUCCAGAGUUUAUGAUAACUCCUGAAAACUAGAUUUACACUUAUAGAUGCAUUUAGAAAAUCACUUCUGAGAACGUUCAAAUUCAGCCAAACAAUAAUUUUGCAUAAUUUUGCUAUAACAAUAAUUGCAACUACAAUUUAGAAUUAAAUUAUGUAUGGUUAAGAUUUAAUUUAGGGCUAUUUUGA